CAGGUACGGUUCGAGCCAAUGCGAUCUCCAGACGAGCGUCCAAAGAAAGAAGACGAGGCGCCAUCGACAGCUAUUGACAUAGAUAGCUCGAUAAAAAAGAGACGCCCCAAGCCGUCAGGGUAUCAGGCAGCGACAGAUGCGGCUGUGAGACGAGAGCAAGAAAUGCGCCAAAGAGAAGAAGAGAGGUUUAUGAGGCCACCACCUGCAGAAGAACCGGCGGUAGAGCCGCCAGUUUUUCAACGUGUUCCCGAUAUGUUUCCUAUCGAAGAAGGAAUUGAUCCAGAUUAUCCUGCUCAACGUAUUGUUAUCAGCAAUUUUGUCCGUAAUGGAUGCCAUAUCAAACGUUGGCUAUAUGAGGAUAGUUACCCACUUGACGCUCCAAGGCCUUCAAUUUAUGAUAUCCAAAUUGCUGUUGUGGAAGACGAGGUUUAUGUUAUGGAUGCGCUGGCAGAGGUUCUACGUCAAAGUUACAUACAAGAUAAUAACGAAAACGAUCGCAUUCGAGGUGAAUUGCAACGUCUCGAUGUGAUACUGAAGAAUCUCGACGACUAA